AAAUGUAUGAAAUGUAUGAAAGGACAGAAAGGAGAGCAGAACAAACUCCUAACAGGAGGAGACUCACUCAUGGCCUAUGAGACAGAGGAUCAGGAGACUCAAUACUGCUUUCCUGACAUCAACUCAUCAUGUGUCAAGAGGAGAAGCUCCAGUCAUGGAUAUAUCAUCAUAUAUGUGUUUUUGUCAUUGCUGUCAGCAUGGACUGUGUUUCUGAACCUGCUGGUGAUCAUCUCUAUCUCUCACUUCAAGAAGCUUCACACUCCAACCAACAUGAUUAUUCUCUCUCUGGCUGUAACUGAUCUGCUUAUUGGACUCAUCAUGCCAGUGGAGGCCAUCAGACUGAUUGAGACAUGUUGGUAUUUUGGAGACACUCUCUGUGAACUUUAUUUAUUAUUUGUUGAUUUACUUAUCUCAACAUCUCUUAGUAAUUUAGUUCUAAUUGCUGUUGAUCGUUAUGUGGCUGUGUGUCACCCUUUACUGUAUCCACAGAAAAUUACCAUCACUAAAACACUAAUGAGUAUCUGUCUGAGCUGGGUUUGUUUAUCAGCUUAUAUCAUUGCCAUUGCGAUAAAUAAUAGAUAUUUUGACACUUCACACAGAACAGAUGUGUGUUACGGAGAGUGUUUAGCCAUUAUAAGUUUUAGUUGGACAGUCACUGAUCUGUUCAUGUCUUUUAUUUUUCCUUGCACUGUGAUCAUAAUAUUAUAUUUGAGGAUUUUCUAUGUCGUUCAUCAGCAAGUGAAGGUUAUAAACUCUCUGAUGAAGGGUGGUAAAUGUGUAACGGAGGGUUCAGUGAAGAGGAAAUCUGAGAGUAAAGCUGCUCUGACUUUAGGAAUCAUUGUGACUGUUUAUCUGCUCUGCUGGAUUCCAUACUAUAUCUGUUCUCUAACUGUAAUGACUUCCACAGCUCUAAAUGCUUUAUUAUGGGUUGUGUAUGCUAGCUCAGGUCUGAAUCCUCUGGUUUAUGCUUUGUUUUACCCUUGGUUUAAAAAGACAGCUCAACUCAUUUUAACUUUGAAAAUAUUUCAGACAGCAUCCUCUCUGAUCAAUAUUUUUACACAAUAUUAAUAGCAACUACUUGCCAAGCUGGUUUGUAAUGUAGAUUUGAUAAUAUUUGGUUUAUCUUUGUAAUUUUCACUACUCUUGUCAUUUCACACAGAGCUUAUUUCAACCUGUAAGUUUGAUGUUUAAGUAACUUCUGGUGUACUACGGUGAAAACAAGAUAAACAUGUGACAUAAAUAUCUUAUAAUAACUAUGUGAAUUUGACAUGUUGUGAGGGUUGUGUGGUUUACCUUGCUCAGUGCUUAAUCCCAUUUAACAAUAUUCAUAACUGCCAUAAAAAAACAGUGUUUGCAAGCAAGAAACAUUUUAGUUUUUUUUUUUUUACAAAAUUCACCUUUUUAUUGAUAAUGAACUUCACACUUGCAUUCUCCACAUCUGAAAAAUGAAUGUUAAUUGUUGUAGUUUGAAACCACGGUCACAGUGCACUUUUUGCCCUAAAGACCUCCAUUCAUAUGUAUGCAAAUGCAGCAGGCUGGAAACACAAGCUUGUGUGGCAGGUUUCCCAUGGCGUUGCUUUCCAAAGUUCAAGCUUUAUGAAUUAUGAUCUGCAAAAUCACAUCACAUAGAUAAGAGGAACCAAUAAAAGAUCAAAACAUGACCUCUCUGUACAGAAAUAUGUACAUACUUUUAAAUGUAAAAUAUGCAGCAGCUGAUGUACAAUCAUCUUGUUUUAUUCCACCUCUUUCCGCAAGAUUUAGAACAAUUAUACCUGUCUGCUCUAUAGUCAGCCAAAAUAGUUUAUUUCUGAAAUUGGUAGAACUCAAACGUGACAUUUUCUAAUCUGUAUAUUAAACUUGAAACAAAAAAUAUCCUCAUAGAAAUUAUACAUAAUCAUAAUUUUUGUUUGUGAUUUUUCGGAAUAAAAAUGAUUUUGUGUUGGUAA